AGGAUUCCCAACCAUGUGAAAUGGACAAUGGAUUGCGUGAUACAUCUAAAAUCUAACUUGUCCUUGCAAGAGAACUACAUAGUGUUCUUCAAAACAACUUAGCAUACAUACAUCAGGAUGACAUGUCUCCACAGUAUCUCACCCAUUUUCAAUGAGCCAGCUUUGCUAAGGCAUGGAUGGACAUAUUUAUUGGCGGUGUUCAUGCAAUUAUAAAUAGUUCAUUGUACAUGUAUGAACAACAAGGAAUGGAACUCUGUAACGAAAUAUUAAAGGUGACGAAAAUGCAACAUGCAUUCAACCAAAGAUGAAAUCAGUGAAAGUGAUGAAAGACUAAAAAUGAUCUGUCAAAAUGAAACACACAAGUACAAAUGUUCCAUGAACGAUAAGAAGAUGUAUGGAAAUGAACCAUUAAAUCAAAAACAUUUUAAGAAAAAAUGCAAAAUGGCGUCUCCAUCAAACGAAUCCAUGGUAUAUGACUGUGACAUUUGUGCUAAUUCUUUUAAACAAAAAGGUAACCUUUUUCGUCAUGUUAAAGAAACUCACCAACUUUUUACACGCGAGAGGAAAAAAGAUGUACAGUGCAAUCAUUGCUUUGAAAACUUUGAUAAAAAAGCUAAGUUGGAUGUGCAUAUAGUGAAAGAACAUAUUGAUGUUGCUGCUGAAAAAUUGAUAACUAGACACAAAUGUGAAAUAUGUGGAGUUGUAACACAUGAUCUCCCAAGACAUAAGAAAGAAAAACAUAGGAUUGAUCUUAAUGGAUAUAAAUGUUCACAAGAAAACUGUGGGAUGAUAGCUCGCUCAAAAGCAGAAUUAGAAUUACAUGUUUUGUCCCACAAAGGUGUGAAGCCUUUUGAAUGUAAAAUAUGUGGGAGCAAAUUCAGGUAUGAAAAGAACAUAAAAUAUCAUAUGGCCAGUUUUCAUGAUAAAAGUAGACCAAAGAUUGGAGCAAGAACCAAGACGAAUGAAGUAACUUGUAGUGUGUGCCAUAAAAUUUUCUAUCGGAAAACUGUAUUAAAGAAUCACAUGUUAACUCAUACAGGGAGGCGUUUUCAGUGUAAUAUGUGCGAAAAGUCAUUUUCACGUAAAGAUGUUCUGAAUGGUCAUAUUAGGAUUCAGCACACUGACACACAAAAUCGUUAUAAAUGUGCGAAAUGUGACGAGGGAUUUAUCACUAGAUUUAUGCUAAGGGAGCACUUAUUUUAUGCACAUGAAGAUUUUGCUUAUCAAUGUACAAUAUGUAACUUUGUUGUCUUCACUCGAAGUGAUAAGUACACACACAUAAAGCAUAAACACAAAAUAAAACAUUUCUUAAAAGAACACAUGAAACUUAUACCAUAUAAGAAAACAGGAGAAUGGAAAUCGAAAGUUGUAAAAUGCUUAAAAUGUAAAAGAUGUAAUUUAGUGUUUAGAUAUAAAUACAUGUUCAAUCGGCAUUCUGUUCUUUGUAAGAAUCCAAAAUCAUUAAAGUGCCAAUAUUGUCAACAUUUAUUCAAAAAUAAAAAGGAACUUGAAUCGCAUGAACAAUAUCACUCUGAAAAUAACAAUGGGACUGCACUUAGAUAUACAUGUAGUUUAUGUAAAGGGAUUUACAUCACUAAAUCAAUGGCAUCUUGUCAUAUUACUCUGAGAAAGUGCCCUAAACUUCAGAAACACCAAAAUGGUAGAAACCUCGAUCCCUGGACUGUACUUCAUGAGAACCCUGUCAAAGAGAAGGAGACUUAUGGUGAAAUUGAGCAAGAUUUUGAUAGUGUAUCGACACUUGAAUAUGGAAAUGAUCAAGUAUUUGACAUUAAAGAUGAAAGGGAUGAUAAUGAUAUUGACGAUGACGCUUUUACAGAUGAAUUUUUCUUUGGAAAUCCAUCCAGUGAUAAACGUGAUUAUCAUGCAGAUACUAAAGGGGAAUAUGUACCUAGCAUUGGACCACAUGUUGAAGCUAUGAUAAAGAUUGAACCUGCAGAAGAUUUUAACCAUGAGAGUCCUACCUCUCAUAACAUUCUCACACUUGAAAACGACAAUCAUACUAGUCAUAUUGGAAUUCCUUCCUUAAACUUUCCACACACUAAAGAGAAUAAUACGACAAAAGAAACUGACUACCACAAUAUGAUUAAAGCUGAAGAAACUGAACACAUUAAAGAGGCAGAUGCCAAUUAUAUAGCUCAUCAGGAUGAACAAUUAUUACAUGUGGUGUCUUGGAUGUUGAAAGAGGAACCUGGGUUGAAUACAAUAAAUAAUGAACAAACUAAACUGCUGGAUUAACUAGGUUCAGUUAUAUUCUGAAUAGAG